GUACCGGAAGUCUUCCUGUCCGGAUUCCCUCGGCGGAGUCACUCUCCCGUCAUCCGACCAGCCGAGCCGCCGUGCUGCUGUUUUACCGUCUGUUUGCAAAAAUGAGCGACAAAGGUCUGUCAGACGAAGCAGCGGCAGCAGCUUGUAAAGAUGGAGACGCAAUAACUAAGGAUUUCAUGAUGCAGCAGACUAUGCUGCGGGUUAAAGAUCCAGUUAAAUCCUUGGAUUUCUACACCAGGAUCCUCGGCAUGACGCUCCUGCAAAAGUUUGACUUCCCCUCCAUGCGUUUCUCUCUCUUCUUCUUGGGCUACGAGGACAAGAAAGAGAUUCCUGCAGAUGUGAAAGAACAGACUGCCUGGACCUUUUCUAGAAGAGCCACCAUUGAGCUGACACAUAACUGGGGCUCAGAGUCUGAUGAGAGCCAGUCUUAUCACAACGGAAACUCAGAUCCACGUGGCUUUGGACACAUUGGAAUCGCAGUUCCUGACGUCUAUGCAGCCUGCAAACUGUUUGAAGAGCAAGGAGUCACAUUUGUCAAGAAGCCGGAUGAUGGUAAAAUGAAAGGUUUGGCCUUCAUUCAGGAUCCUGAUGGUUACUGGAUUGAGAUCCUGAGUCCUAACAAUAUGGUGUCCAUUACCUCCUAAAACAAAAACACGCCACCUGCUGCAGUCCUUACGGGCCAGACUCUGUGGUCGCUUCACUGGAAGAGCAGAAGUUCGAGAUUAAGCAAAAAAUUUAGAAACAUGCGCCGGAAAGCUGAGGGGGGGGAAAUGAGCAGCAUCACUUGCACAAUGACAAUCAGUGUGCCCUGCUACAGGCUGGACUAAUAUUGGACAGUUGAUAAAGAAAUAGAUCAGAUACCUGAGUUUAUUGCUACAGCUCACAACUUGCUUUGUACAGCUUUUGAGUUUGUCUACCAUCUUCAGUUUGUGUCUUCAAAAAGUGAUGCUGAAAUAAAGAGGUGUUACUGUGUAAUAAAUGUGAAAGCCACUGUUGAGA